GGACUUCAUCUUCACUGACCCGUGUCUGUCUGUCAUUUAUUGCCUAACUUAUUGAAGCCUCUUGAGAUAUUUCUGUCUUUCAAAUCCUUGUCGUUCUUACGAAUCGAGAGAAGUUAAGGAGAAAUGGGUGCUCUUGAUCACUUGUCUGAUUUCUUUGAUUGCUCCAGUGGAAGCUCCAAGCUCAAGAAACGCAGGCAAUUGCAGACGGUGGAGGUCAAGGUGCGCAUAGAUUGUGAAGGAUGCGAGCGCAAAGUGAAGAGAGCCUUGGAGGGAAUGAAAGGUGUCAAGCAAGUGGAUGUGGAAAGAAAGGCGAACAAGGUGACAGUGGUUGGGUAUGUGGACCCAUCAAAGGUGGUUGCACGGGUGGCACAUCGGACGGGUAAGAAGGCAGAGUUAUGGCCAUAUGUGCCAUAUGAUAUGGUGGCCCACCCUUAUGCACCUGGAGUUUAUGACAAGAAAGCCCCUGCUGGGUACGUGAGAAAUGCAGAGGACCCACACGUGUCCCAGCUCGCACGUGCUAGCUCUACCGAGGUUCGAUACACCACUGCUUUCAGCGAUGAGAACCCGGCAGCUUGUGCUGUCAUGUGAUCAUGUUUAUAAUUACUUGGUUUUUGUCCUUUGAUUUAGGGCUGUUAAUCAUGGUUUUGAUUAUCAUUGUUUAAGUAUGCUGUGAUGUAUUUUUAAGGAAUUGAGGACCCGAAAUUUGUUUGAUUUUGGUACAAUAGUUGUAAAUUGUGAUGCAUUUGAAUCCCUUUUAAGAUUUCUAGUUUGAAUAAAUCUUCAUUUUCAUGAAAA